AUGAUACUCGAAGUCAACAACACAUUUGGAGAAAGACGCAUGUAUCUGCUUGAUGGAUCGAGCCCUACCAGUCCCUCGCGCACAUCUGAUUCUGAACAAACGUCUGGAUCCGAAGAACACGGAUCGCAGAUUCCUAUCCGGGCGAAGUCGAAGUUUACCGAUGUAUGGAUGAAAGAUUUCCAUGUUUCGCCGUUCAACUCUCGAAAGGGUUCGUAUGCGCUGAAGGCCCAAAACCCUUUCCCUUCUGUGGAUUACGAGAACCCUCUGAUCGACAACACGAUUACCCUGAAGUCUUCCAAGGACCAUGGGAAGCUUGUAGCUCGCCUCUUCUCUACCGGAAAGGCUAUUGACCCGGACCAUUUGGGGUUCCUCGGAACUCUGCGGUUCAUCCUCAGCUGGUGGUGGGUAGGCUUUGUAACGUUCCCGCGCAUCGUAAGAGAAGCUGGCAAGAUCUUUUUCAAGAGGAAAUUGCACGUGUGGUUCCGGCCGGAGGUGCUAACGUCGAGCGUUGGUCGGCCUCCCACUUCCGCUGAGAUAAACUACCUACACGUACUCGUAAACCAGACCGAAGUAGACUUUUGCAUCACGUUCAAGGCGUCGGUUCCCAACAUCCCCACGGACAAGAUUGCUACAACACACGUCCCUGGUCGAGACCGGCCGUACAAGAACAUCGAGAUCCGUGUGCUUACACCAGCCUUCUACUCGCGACUCAUCCACUACACCUACAUAUCGGAGGCUAUCGAUCGCGAAUGUAUCUUCACCGACGAACGGAACAGGACAUUAUGGUUGUGCCGUCCCCAGCUCCUACCUUUGCUACUCUCAGAACGCUCAUCGAUACGCCUCAAAGACGAGGACACGCCAUCAGUGCGAAGAAGCUAUCUGGACGAGCUCAGAUGGUGGUUACUCAAGAAGUUGAGGUGCCCACCCGCAGACCCUGCAUAUUCAGUCACGCCGCAAAAUCCCGCGGUCAAUGUAGAUGAUAUCCGCGCCAGGCCAUUCUCUGAGCUGGAUAGAUACGUCCGGGGUUACUUCGGGCAGCAGUACGCUUGUGAGUACCGCAGGACCGUUACCAAGCUUUUCUUGGCACAGCGCUUUUGUUUUGGGUUUACAGAGAUAGUCGGGCUGGUGGAUUUGGUGAUCAGGAUCUUGCUGUGUUAUAUUGCUGCUCGGCAGCUGAUGAGUUGGGGUGCGUCGGCGCCAGGAUUGAUGUCAGCUGAAUGUCUAGAAGGUUUGGUGACGAGGACGGAUUGGUCGGCAUGCUCCAAUGCGCUUGCGAUGAAUCACUGGGGUUGGUGGUCGUUGGGGAAGAGCGCGUUGGCGGUGUACUCGUGUCACAUGUAUGAAUCCUUGAAGGGUUACAGAUGA